AUGCGGUAUCCUGCAGGAAUUGCCCUCGAUGGAAAUGGUGCAAUCUUUGUGGCAGAUUCCGGGAAUAAUCGAAUCAGGCAAAUAAAAUCUGGCGGUGUUGUCACAGUAUUGGCCGGUUCAGGAACAGCUGGAUUUUUGGAUGGCAGUCUUCUAGAAGCUGAGUUCAAUAAUCCACAGUCAGUUGUUGUUACUUCUUCUGGUGUGGUGUAUGUAGCUGAUACGAACAAUCAUAGAAUACGCCUCAUCAAUGAAGAAAAUGAUGUUGUAACAACUUAUGCUGGUGCCGGUAUAUCUGACUAUCGCGAUGCUCAAGUUGCAAUUCAAGCAUAUAUAAGCAAACCCUUGGGGCUAGCGUUUCGUACUCUGACAAAAGAUCUAUUUGUAAGUGAUGGUGAUAGUCGUAUACGCAUUAUACGUCCAAAUGGUGUCGUCGAAACAGUUUUAAAUGGCGCCGGACAUGCUGGCUUUUCCGAUUCAAGUGGUUUGUCUGCCAGGUUCAACUCCCCAAGUCACAUGACUUUGAACACAGAUGAGACAGUUCUGUACAUAGCUGACCGUCGCAAUAACCGCAUAAGAGCUGUUACGCUUACAACACUGGCAGUUACUUCAAUUGCUGGAUCAGAAUUACCUCCACAGGGUGGCGGAACAUUGGACUCGGAUGGUGCAUACUCGGGCGAAGUUCUUCCGGGAUCUCAACUAGGUGCACGCUUCAACCAGCCUUACGGAAUAGCUUUUUAUCUGGAGCCAUUGAAUGUGGGAGGUUCGGGUAGUAGCGAAUUAAUUCCUGGUCGCCCUGCCCUAUUAGUAACCGAAGUGCGCUCACAUCGCAUUCGGCGUAUUAUAAUUGGUGGGAACGUAACAGGGUCGCCAGGUGAAUCUUUGGCAACAUUUCCAUAUGCUGGUUCUUAUAACUCGACUUCUGGAUACGUUGAUGAGCUUGGGCCUGGAUGUAUGUUUGAUACCCCUAGCGGCGUUGCGGUAUUGCCCAAUUCAGGUGGGGCAGUUGCAUACGUCGCGGACACUGGUAACCAUGCCGUGCGUCGAGUCAAUCGUGAACUUCCGUCACAACUUCAUAUCAGGUUGCUCGCUUUUGACCCGAAGAUGUUUUCAGAUACAGGAUUCAAAGCUGCAUAUAACUUGAAAGAUACAGGCCUUGACAACUACGGCUAUUACAGUGUAAACGGUCCUCCUAACAACGAAACCACCCAUGCACAUGGUACUCUAUCCUAUGCUGAAGAGAGCCACCAUGUUAUCAUGUGUGCAUAUGCUUCUUCUGAAUAUUUCUUCCACUUUAGAGGUUCACUACAAGUUGAAGUUUAUGAGGACCAUAGUGAUAAACACCAUGGAAAUGUGAACCGGACCUAUGUUGCGUGGACAGGAUAUUCGGCUGAAGAUGAACGAGCAGAAAACGUAGUGCUUAGUGGUGGUGGCAUGGUCCUUUUAUCUCAACCAAUAUCAAAUUCCUUUUCAUGA